UCUGUCACUGUCACCGGCUGGUCUCCCCUGAGUAACACUCAGCUCUCCACCAGCUGCACUCAUCCGCUCUACUCUCACAGGUGAGGAAGACAGUCACUCUUAUCUCCCCCAGAGCUCGGACAAUGUAAUGCGUAGACCCCUGUUCUAUGUGGACCACAGCCCCCUGAACCUGAGCACUGUGGAUGCGGUAAAUCGAGGUGACAAUGAUGCUGAGUCCAGAGCAGGUGGAUUCCGAUCAGCCAUCUGCACAGUCUGAGUCCGAUUCCACACUGGGUGAUACGAAGGGCGGCAGUCUGUCUGAGACAGAUGGAGGAUGUCGGACUCUGUGCCUUCCACAGCCACUAAGCCGUGAAGAAAAGAGGCGCAGGAGGCGGGCCACAGCAAAGUAUCGUUCAGCACACGCUACCAGAGAGCGAAUUCGUGUUGAGGCAUUCAAUGUGGCAUUUGCAGAGCUAAGGAGCCUCCUGCCUACACUGCCCCCAGACAAGAAAUUAUCAAAGAUAGAGAUUCUUCGUCUGGCCAUUUGCUAUAUCUCCUACCUCAACCACGUGUUGGACGUCUGAUGGCCACGAAAGGAACUUUCAUAUCAGAAUCCCACUGAAGCGGCUCUGGGGAUGUUGAGAUGAGGGGAGGGUAGAUAGAAUAUGAUGGUCUUCCCAAAGACAGACAGAACAAGCAAGGGGAGGAAAUGUAGCAGCGAGUACUUGAUAUAAGGUUCUCCCAGGGGCCAGGCUGGGAGAAUUAGGGCAGGAGGUUUAGGGAGUAGGUUAAGGGAGUGACACCAUGAGGAAAUAGACGUCGCACUGGGUCAAGCAAGGUGAAUAUUGAGGACACGAUAUGAGGGUCUUCAGACAUGUCAUCGAUACCCCUACCUCAUAGAUAAAUCAGUGACUGAGCGAGAGAGAACUUGGUCAAGGAAAUCGUGAUGUCCAAAAAAUAGAGAUAGAAAAUAAUGAGUUUAUACAGUGUGCAUUCAUUUCUAGGUUAAUGGACCAAAGGUGACUGUGUGUGACUUAUUAGACGUAGCAAUGGGUACACUUUGCACCAUCUGUGUGGGCAUUCAGAGCAGAGCAACAGUGCCACACAGUGGCUGCUAUGUGUAUUACAUGAGUAUUUUCUUAAAAUGUUUGUACCAAAUUGCUGUGAUUAUAUAUUAUAAACAGUCCUAUAUGCAGUAUAUCUGCAGGAUGGGCCUUGCACCUUAACAAGGUUUAAUAAAUAUGUAGGAAGUCACACCACCUACACAUUAUUCUUUAAGAUAUGGAAGUGACUUUGUCUGUGGAAUAACCCAUUUAAUUAUAAGCACAUAUCCCAGCAUGCUUCAUUCCAAAGUCUCCUAAUGCGGAACACAGUGAUCGGUAUUCAUUUAUAGAAUAUCACAGUUAUCUGCUAGUUUUAGGAGGUGGUUUUGUGAGUACUUUUCAGGAUCUCUCUC